AGCUAAUCUUGUAAAGCGCAGCUGAACUGCUGCAGAUAGUGCUGACGGCCGUCUAUCUCUGCCCUUCACAUCAACAUUCCUCACGUUUCAGCGGGGACCAUCAAAGAGCUAAAUGGGGGUCGAGGAUGCCCACAGCACCAUCGGGGCCCUCCUGUCCAGGAGAUGCAACAGAGAAGCUCCUUUAAAUGUGCCACCGAAACACCACUGCUCUGCAUCACUGCUAGCACGGUUGCCUAGCAACUAGACAGCAGAUGCCUGCAUCCCUCAUCUACUGAGUAAAAAUACAUUGAAAAAAAAAAAAAAAAAAAAACGCACUUCUUAUCUCUGUUUGUGCGAUACGCACAAUGAUUUUUAUAAUCGCAUUUGAUCGUUAAUCUUGACAUAAUCGUUAAUCGUGUGCACUGAUUUCAAAAUCGUAUUAGUUCAUCAUUAUUUACUUUUCUUAGGCAUUUCUGAGUUUGUGUUUUUGAGAGUGUGUUGGGCUGAAGAAUGUGGAAAAGUGGGAGAAAUGCGUGAAAAUGCGCCGGGAUACUCUCGCAGCAUUUUAAUAGGUUGCAGCGCGCGAGCCGACAAGUACAGACAUCAUUCCUCCGCGAGACAAGCGCGUGGACAGACUGCCUUUCCUCUUUAGUUCGCUUUCGCUUUUAUUUUUUUCAACAAACACCGGCAUUUUAUUCAGCACAUCCAAGAGGGACCAUGUCUUUUACUGUUCUUUUGAAAUCCAAGCGUGUGCGUCGGAGAUUUCUGUUCCAGUCUUGAUUAUUUUUGUUCGGUUCCUGGAGGUGUUAUUGCAAUUGAAGUGUGUCAUCAUUUGCUCUGAACAAGAGCAGGAACAUGCUCGGGGAUUCAAUCGAGAGAUAAGGGGGCUUUUCCAGUAGGCUAGACAAAGCUUGGACAUUUGCAAGCGUUUUAUUGUGAUACAUAAGGUUUUUUCACCCCUGCUUCUGCUUCAUAUAAGGUUGUACUAUGGACUACAAGCUCUGACGUCUGCAUCAGAUAUUCUCUGCUGCAUUUCUUUAAAUGUGCAUCUUUUCUCCCCAGUGACUUUGAGAGGAAUAUCUCGACCAUCAGCAGUAGGGGAUGCAGAUUUCAUGUUUUUUUCUUCUUCGCCUCCAACCUUUAUAGCUGAGGGGGGGAAAUAAAUAAAAAUAUCACUUACUGUGGAGCACCCCCCUCUUUGAAGGAGCAUCUCUGGAGCCAUGGCUUGCCCACAGCUUUGGACCUGGAAAUUGCGACGACAGGUGUAGAAGAAGAUUGAUUCUCUUCCAUCUUUUAUUUUGUUUUUUAUUUUCAUCAUCAUAUCUUUAUUUUUUCUCCAUGGUUUGCUUGAAGAAGACUUUCCAGCACUUUCCCAGAAGUCCAGUCGAAGCUGAGAGAGAUGUCUGAUCUUCUGGUUUUGAUCGAGGGGGUCUCUGACCUGCACGGAUUUCCAUAGCUGAAGAAAAAAAAAAGAAAAAAGAAAAAAGAAACAGCUGGGACCCAUUAAAGAUUUCUUUUCUUUUAUUUAUUUCUUUUUUAUUUAUUUCUUUUCUUUUUUCUUUUCUUUUGCGGGGCCAUCACAAAUGUGUGCAUUGGUGCUUUGAUCCCAGUCAUUCAUUUUGGCCUUUUUUCCCCUCCCAUCCCCUUCUGUUGGAUUCUUUUUGGGAUUUGUUUUGUUUUUGUUUUGUUUGUUUUUUUUACAUCAGUUUGGAGCACAGGCGGUUGGAUUACUGAAACUGAAUAAACGGAUUUGUGGAAAUGUUGGGUCCUCAAGAAGACAAAAUAUGUGGAAUUGUUUCUGCUCUGGCGGCUUUGUCCUUUGUCUGCUUUGCACAAAGCACCUCCACCGGAAGUACCGGAAUAUCUGUGGCCAAGACGACAGUGGACAAAUUGCUGAAGGGGUAUGACAUCCGUCUCCGGCCAGACUUCGGAGGUCCUCCGGUCAUCGUGGGAAUGAGUAUAAAUAUUGCCAGUAUUGACUCCAUUUCAGAAGUCAACAUGGACUACACCAUCACCAUGUAUUUCCAACAGAGCUGGAGGGACAAACGGUUGGCCUACGCUGAGAUGGCUUUGAAUCUCACUUUGGACAACCGUGUGGCUGAUCAGUUAUGGCUCCCAGAUACCUACUUCCUGAAUGACAAGAAGUCUUUCCUGCAUGGUGUGACGGUGAAGAACCGAAUGAUUCGGCUCCACCCAGAUGGCACUGUUCUUUAUGGAUUGAGAAUAACCACUACAGCAGCCUGCAUGAUGGACCUGAGACGGUACCCCCUCGAUGAACAGAACUGCACCCUGGAGAUUGAGAGCUAUGGGUACACCACAGAUGACAUCGUGUUCUUCUGGCAAGGAGGGGACAAUGCUGUAACAGGUGUGGAUAAACUGGAAUUGCCUCAGUUCUCCAUCGUGGAGCUACGUCUUGUGUCCAGGGAAGUGAGGUUUACCACAGGUUCAUACCCUCGGCUGUCGUUGAGUUUCCGCAUCAAAAGAAACAUAGGCUAUUUUAUCCUGCAGACUUACAUGCCCUCCAUCCUGAUCACAAUCUUGUCCUGGGUCUCCUUCUGGAUUAACUAUGAUGCCUCUGCUGCUCGUGUGGCCCUGGGUGUAACUACGGUGCUCACUAUGACAACCAUCAACACCCACCUGAGGGAGACCCUCCCAAAGAUCCCCUAUGUGAAAGCCAUCGAUGUCUACCUCAUGGGCUGCUUCGUCUUUGUUUUCCUGGCCCUGCUCGAAUAUGCCUUUGUAAACUAUGUGUUCUUUGGACGAGGACCCCAGCAGCAGAAAAAGAUCAACGAGAAGCUGAACAAAGCCAACAACGAGCGCCCCCGCUAUGAGGAGAAGCGUCUGAGGGAACAGGACUCCAUUUCAGCGCCGUUUCAAAGCAACACCCUCAGGUCAUAUACACAGCGAAGAAAUCUGUAUCUCGAGGAACAAAGAAAAGUCGGGGUGGAUGCGUAUGGAAACAUUCUUCUCACCACUCUGGAGAUGAACAAUGAGGUGAUGCCAUCCGACGUAGGCAGCAGCGUCAGUGACUCACGGAACUCCGUCAUGUCCUUUGACAGCUCCGGAGUGCAGUUCCGCAAGCCCAUGGCUUCGCGGGACGGGUUCAGCCACCACUCGUUGGACCGCAGCGCCAUGCGCAGUCGUGCCAACUGCCGGCUAAGGAGGCGCUCGUCCAAGCUGAAGCUCAAAAUCCCCAACUUGACGGAUGUUAGCACCAUUGACAAGUGGUCCCGGGUCAUUUUUCCUAUCACUUUUGGAUUCUUCAACCUUAUCUAUUGGUUGUAUUAUGUGAAUUGAUAUGCGUUCCCCUAGGAAACAUGGGCCAUAUUUUGAGAGCACAUUGAAUUGGCUUUGAUACAAUUGGAAAAUAUGUGUACACAUAUAAAGUUGAUACAUAUGUAUAUGCAUAUUUCUAUAUAUUAUAUUUCUAUAUACACACGCGUGUGUAAAAUCUAAAGGACUUUUCUGGUGUAAAAAACGUAUUAUAUAGAAUGACUUGAAUGUUUAAGAAUAAUACAAGAGAAACAUUUCAAGUAUUUGAAUUUCUUUUCCUUCUGAAACAAACGACAAAUAACAAACGCCAGUCCCUUGUUCGAGGGUACGGACCUAAAGACUGCAUGAUAUUUUCGCUAAAAGAAAAGAUCGCAAGAGAAAAAGGACACAUCUGAACGUCUCAUCGGCUUUUUAUUGAUACUGUAAUCAGCCUCUCGUAACCGCAGCUCAUGAAAUCAGAAGUGGCUUGUGCAUUUCGGGGAGAGUCAGCCGAGCAGGACCCCAGACCCGAUCCACUGCUUUCCCCGUCCUCACGGAAUUGUCCGUUUCUACACUGUACAGCAACCUCUUUUGCAAUUACGUGUCAUUCCUUGAUUUUGCAAGUGACAAGCAUUCUCUUUAUCGGACCUCAGCUCUGGUCAAUGGUUUACACUGGACGGCCAUCUUGAGUUUCAACCAGUGCAUCCAGCCCAGUGUCAGUACAUUUCAUUUCUUCUCUACCCUUUUUUGCAGAUUCUCUUUUCUUUCAUUUUUGGGCUAUAAUCAUAUUUUUGGAGGGCGACACCUAAACAUGUUCUAGAGGUAGUUCAUUAAUAGAUAAUAAGCCACUGGUAUGCUUCAUUCAUCAAGAAUUUAAGAAAAUGAAGAAAAAAAAGAGAGAGUACAUUCAUUCAUUCAGUAGCCUUAUUGCCAUGGUCAGGUAGUAUUGGUGUUCUUUCUUUACUCUUGUUCCUAGUGCAUUUCAUCUGUUCUACUGAUACAGUAUUCAUGAACAUCUUGUAGAGCUUUGUGUUGUUUGGAAUGGAGGGAAACCCUUAGUGAGCUGUAACGUUUCUUUAGAACUUGGAUUUGAAGUUAGUCCAUCAACUAUGUGAAAAAUGUACAAAAUAAGGAAAGAAAAGAAAAGAUUCUUGUGUAUUCAACAGGGGAUGUGACCAUGUUUUUAUCUGUUUCAUGUUUAAGUCAACCACUCUGACCAUAGUGUGACCUGAUAUUGUAUAUAUUCAGUCAUUGUAGUGAUCCAUCCCAAGAAUGAUAUACGCUGAUGUUUUUAGUUUCUCUAAAAUGUGCCUGUCUGAAACCUGAAGGAUGUGUCCUCAGUUCAUCAAUCAGUGAAAGAGGGCCAGAUGACCCUUGAUCUUUGACCUUUCACUUUAAGCACUGCAGACCCACCCACAGCUCUGACGUUUUGCAUCUUGGGAUUGAAUCUCAAAGAUGAAUGACAUCAGCAUAAUCAGGAAAAAAAAAAAAAAAAAAAAAAAAAAGCUUCUGAGUCUUUUCGGGGCAAAAUGACAUGUACGAUAAAAGCCAUGAACUGAAGUGACAACCAAAAAGGCCUAUAAUCCAUUUCUCUUUUUUACCAUUUAACUCUCGCCACCAGUUCUUUUGGGCUUUGCCUCAUUAUGAUUUACCUCAGCUUCAUUGACACUUAGGUCGCCAGAUCUCCAGGUGACCACGAACUCAAAUCCAUAUCAAUUCAUCCACCAUCCAUAUUCAUUCAAAUCUAAUUUCUGGUAGUCUCUAGAUGUCUCAAUGCUCAGAGUAGAUCGAUGAGUAGAAGCAUCCCAACAAAUGCUUCUCAAAGCAAUGUUGGAUCAGUUCACGAAGAUGCGGAUGAGAAAUGAAUUGCUGAAUAACUGGGCAAGGGGACAUUUAAAAGCGAGGAGGGUCCGGUGGUGCCUUGGGAACACGAGAGCCCUAGACUUGCUUGAGUUCCUUGAGGAGGAUAUUCUGAGCAGGCCUCAGACCUCAGAGCUCAACAGAGUCCCUUGGCUCUCGACCCCCACACCAGACCUCACAAAAGUCUUAUAGGUGUGAACCAACCACCAAAUCACCAACAGAUCACUCAUUCCAUGGAGAAACAAUGGAAUAAGGGAAAACUAGAAGGCUGUACCUCAGGGUACUUGCGAGGUCCUGUGUUACAUAGAAGCAUGUUUGAGGGAUUUCCACUUAUUGUGUUAUUAUUAUUUGUUAUUGUGAGCACGACCAUAACACCUGUGCAAGGGAGCCAGUACUCUCAAGUGCAAAGCGAGACAUGCACAGUUGCAUGCACAGUGUAGCAAUUAAGUUAAGCGCAAAUCUGCACUAAAAGAAGAUGGAGGUUAGAGUGCUUUUCACGAGUAACCCUAGUUACUAUGAGUGUAAUGGGGGUGCCUUGGCCAAUUACAACUCCCAGUUGGCAUUCAAGAUGCUGCAAUGCUUUGCCAAUGAGGGUUCAAAGGCAGAGUAGUUAGUUACUGAUUUGGUAUCAUUAGUAUACACAUUUAAUCUAUACUGUUUAGAUAUGAAUUUACAAUGUAGACCAGACCUUUUAAGCUACAAUAUCAAUCCACCGUUACUAGUGCAGUGUUUAGCGAUAAGUUGAAAAUGCCAACUCCACCAUUAGCCAACAUUUCUCUUAUUGUAUUCAAGGGAACCAGAUCAGUUCGAAGGAAGAAUGUUUUUUCUGAGACUGGAAAAUAGAGUUUGCGUUGCCUUUGACACAUUGGAAAAGGUGGGAUAUACAUUGUUUCACUAUUAACUGGUAGGACUGCACAAUUAAAAUGAUGUUGAUAUAUUUUUGUAUUAGAUAUUACUGCUCUAAGUUAUCAAUCAGUGUUAAUAGGCGCUCUAAUUUUUAUCUUUGAGCGACUAAUGAUAGAGCAAAAAAAAUGCAUACAGUAUAUCAUAAUCAUAACCAGUGGUUAGGUAUUUAAUUCAUGAGAAUAAUUAGAAAUUCUUAGAAGUAAUUAGUACAAUGCACAUAAGUUAGCGCCCAUUUACUACAUAGCGUUCUAGUAGACUUGCUGGCACUAUGCAGUCUUUCUCACUGAUGAUCAGUUUAUUGUUCCACAGGGUAACCUGAAUCACUAUUGGUCCAUGCGUCCUGACCAAUCACGAUAGGCAAGGAUUGAGUUUUUCAAUAGAGAGGGGAUUAGCAACAUGCUAAUGCAGCCAUACUGUGCCACUGAGACAUGCUGGAUGUUGAAUUUGUUCAAGUGGAUAUUGUGUUGAUCAUCAACAUGUUCUUGUAGCACCAGCACUCUGUUUAUUCACAGUGAGCUUACAACUAGAACAGCUUUUUGGAAAGAUUCUGGUUUGUGGGCAUUUGUCCCUGCAGGAUUUGCCUUAACAAGAUCACUAAGCAUUUUCAUGAAAUAUUUCUGAGCAAUACAAUGCAAAUACAACAAAGUUCAUGAGAGAGUGAUUCUCUUUCAACUCAAUUCAAGCCUUAAACAUGGUUACAGAGCAUUUUAAUUUGAUCAUUGGACAUUUGGGGUACAAUUUACUUAUCAGUUAUAGAUCCUUAAAGGAAAAUAUAGUGACAAAUUAGUUCCCUCAAAUGUCUCACGCAGGUACUUUGGCUAUGUUUCCACUGCUUAACCUCAGAACCAUUAAGUGUAGAAGCAAAUAUAUCCAGGUUUAGGAUUGUUAUCUUUCCAUUUGUCAGACCUCAGAGUAAAAAAAUAAAUAAAAUAAGGUAAUUGACCCUUCGCACAGAGUUUUUAUUGACAGGCGAUCUAACCCAUCAUAACGCCAAAUCCGUCGUUUUGUCCGACAACAAGUUAGUAGAUUAACGUUGGUGGACUUGAACUUGAAAAAUUGUGUGUACUGACGUCUUUCCGUGGUUGAAACAACAUUCCUUCUGAUGUUCAUUCAUGUUUAUUUGAUGUUAUAAAUUAACUAGUAGGAAGAGAUGAUCGGUUCACGAGCCGCUGGAACUGAGGCACUACAGCGAUCUGUCACCACACAUUAAAGAGCCACCAAACAGUAUUUAUUGUUUAAAUGUCUUUAAAAAUUACAAAAUUUGAAAUUUGAGACUUUGUUUCAUACCAAAAGUAACCUGCUCUCCCGUCUGUCGAUGUGUUGUCGGUGUCAUGUAUUUUUCACUCUGUGAGAACAUGAUGUGUGACAUGCGAGCGGCAUGGCUUGUCAGACGUAGCAACAGUAACUAAAGGGGGCGGGUCUUUGCGAAUGGUCAAUUGCAUCUUUAUAUCUCACUUUUAUAAUUACGUCUAGAUAUAUAUCUUUUUAUUCUCUUAAUUGCACAUUUAUAGCUAACGUUAUUCAUAAUUUAGCAUAAUUGCAACUUUUAUCUUACAAUUUCAACUUUAUUUUCUGUAAUUGUGUAUAUAUUUCUCGUAAUUGCAACUAUAUCUCAAAAUUAUGAUAUUAUUUCUUAUAGCCUAACUGCAAUCUCACAUCACUGUAAAAAAUUAUUUUCAUGAUUUAUCACAUUUUUUCUUUUGUCAAAUCAACUUAGAUAAUUAAUGUGGUUCAGAUAACACAUUUUGAGUUUCUGUUGAUUAAACCAAUCGCCUUCAUUGUAGUAACUCAAAUUUUUAAUUUCAAUUAACUCAAAAUUUUAAGGCAACCAGGUAACUUACUUUUUUAAGUUAAACCAACAAUUCUUUUUUUUACAGUGCAUUUGUGACUUUAUAUUUCAUAAUAUUGACUAUUUUUACGUAAUUGCAAAUUCAUUUCUUAGAAUUGCAUCUCGAUGUCUCUCUCUCUCACACACACAAAUGAGUUAUCUUAGCGUUUUAUCCAAGAUAUUUGGUUCUGAGUUUUGUGAGUGGAAACAUGGCUAGUGCAGUAGUUCACAUAAGAAUCUGAUAUGAAUAAAAAUGGAUUAGAUGACAAGUAGCAGAACAAAAUUUUCCUAGAAAAUGGACACAGCCUAACUGCUAAUUUUUUUUAUAGUUAGCCUGCUUGACCAGUCUGCAACCUACUGCUGUAUAAAAACACUGAUAGCUGUAUCAGCACAAGUUGCUGUUCUGGAAAUAUAUUCUUAGCUAUCAGGGUAAUUAUACACUCUCACAUAUGUUUCGCUGAGGGAGUUGGUGCAUGCAACAAAUCAUUCUAGCAUUUUAGCUUUUUAUUUGAAAGUUUAAUAUUUCACCAUAGUGCUAGGAUAGAUUAAUUGUUGUAAAAACCAAUUUGCCAGUUUACAAGGGUCAUUUGGCCAAAAUACUCAGAUAAAUGUAGCAGCGCUCAGUUAGGGAGGGUGACGGUAGUUGAUUCAUGGCAGUCCAUGUUCUUUUUUUUUUUUUUUUUUGUUAUUAAAAUAAUUUAGGUUUUGUAAUCUUAAUUUCAAAAUCACAUGCAGACUGAAUCCGCAUGGUUAUCUAUUUUUUAUUCAUACAACUUUUGCUGUGUCUUUUGUUGUGUAUUUGUUUUGUAUGAUAAUAGUUGAAGGUUGGUGAAUCUGUUAUCAGUCUAUCGAAGAAUGUGUCAGAAGGGUUUAAAUUUGUGACAGAAAUUGCUGCUAAUUAGCUAGUGAUGAGCAAAUCAGGGUUCAAUUGGGACCAUCUUAAGAUACAUGUAUAAUUUCUAGCAUUUGGCCAUUAUUUGCCACCUUAAAACUGUGUUUGAAAUGAAAUGGGCCCUUCAUGUCUAUAUUUGUAACAACUAAUCUUGCACACUCUCUGAAGAAUAGUGGCUCAGCCAUAGAUACACUGUUAAAAAAAGGCAGACUCCAUCUACUGAGAUGGACGUUUAGGAAGUAAUGGAAAUUUAGGACAACCGUGAGAUUUCAGAACAGAAAUGUGUAAAGGUAGCAUAUACUCUCUUGCGUGGAUGGGAUUGUUGGCCUUUUUUUGGAGAAUGUGACUCAUCGUAAUAUUAAAGUAUGAUUUCUUCAGUGUAAUUUGAUAUCUGGUUAGGAGACAGGGGACGCAUUUUCCUUUUGCCUUGCACUUUGCUUGAGUUUUAGACAAAUAUAUAUUGUUUUUUGUUCUUUUUUUAAAAUAGCUUUGCACAACUUCUAUUGGGACUCAAUGCUAAUGUGUUCUGAUGAAAAUGGAGGACAUAAUUAUCUACGCACUUCACACAAAUCACCCCAUAUGCUCACUUCUACAUUUUCAUAUCAUUAACAUAACUCAACAAAUCAUCGAAUAGCUUUUACUCGAGUACAUUGUUUUUGUCUUUUGCUACAUCCACCCAUGAUGCAGGAGAAAAGGAAGUACAAAAACUGUUGAACUGAUUUUAAUGUGAAUUUUUCUUGCCUCUUGUGUAUAUGUGUAAUUACAUGUGAAUUGUAUUGUAAAUAUGAUAUCUUUCACUUAUAUUUCUUAAUGCAUGAACAAAACAGGGCAGUUGGUAAUAACAGCUAGCCUCAAUGCUACUGGCAUGGACAGCUUUUGCAGCACCGGCAUAACUUCUGCAAACGAAACCUAUCUCUGAAGAAAAAAAGAAAAAAGAAAAAGAAGAGGAGAAAAACUCACAAAAAGAUACCGGUUUUGUUUUGCAUGUCUUACGUUUUCGGAAAGGUUUAUUUUCGUAAUUUCUUUUCUAUUCUAAAAUUGGCAAUUCAUAUCACCCUCACUUACAAGGAAAGGAAGCGUUUUCUUCUUCUUGUACACAGAGAUCGAACCAAACACUGUAAAUCUUAAAUUAAAUAUAGAAAAGAAAAAUACUAUCUAUACCAGAGAAUUAUGGAGAAAAUGAUUAAUGGAAUUCAUCCUAAAAAAAAAAUAAUAAUAAUAAUAUGCGAAGAAUAUGCACAUUUUCAUCCUCUCUUGCUUUUUUUUUAUAUAUAUAUAUCACAUAGAGUUGAGAGUAGAUAGACACACCUAUUAAGCCAUUAGUUCAAUCUAGACUAGACCUGCUUACAUCUUGUUGAACAAAACAGCAAGUUAAAGUCUCAUGCCAUGAGAAUGCACGACUGGCAAAGCAAAUUCUUGGAGUUUGUUAAAAUGUAUGGGCCAGUAACUUUGCUGUGCUGACUUUCUUUGCACCAGGAUACUGAUAUAGCGAAUUAUAACACAUAAACACAGCACACACACACAAGUAAAGUACUAACCUGAAGAGAAAAUCCCCCCCAAAAUAAAAAGAAAUUGGCAAAUAUCUAGGGCAACCGCUUCAUAUCUAAUUUGAGAGUUCAGUCGCUAUUCAGUACUGUUUCGUUUCAUUUCUAGUUGCCUGUAUUUGUUGUAUUCUUUAAAUGAAUGGUUAACUCUUAUUGUUGAUGUUUUCUCAUAGAAAGGAAAUAUAUUUCUACUUUACAUCCUGCCCUGAAAGUAAAAUGCAUUCUGUUUAUGUGUUGUACUGGUUUUGUUCUCAUUAAGCUCUUGGUUUGAUUCUGUUGAACUAUUGAGGUGUGAUGAUUUUUGACGAUCCAUUUGGGGGUAUGAUUUGUCUUCAUGAAAUCAACAUUUGUAAAGUAAAAGGUUGUAUUUUCUUCUUUACUUUUUGGUUUCCUUUUCUUUCUUUUCUUUUUGUCAGUGCCAAUUAAUGUAAUGGUGUCGGUCAGCUUUUCUAGGUGUUUGAGCAAAAUGUGUUUUUUACUAAUACAAGAUGUUACAGUAUGUGGUACAAAAAAGGGUUAUAAGUAACCAACUGACUUUUUACAAAUAAAGGCUUAUACAGUAAAGAA